AACAAUCUCUGCCCGCGUUGGUGGUGGUUCGCCCUCGCUGCUCUCUCUCGCUCUUGCCAGUCGCUCCAUCUCGUUUCUGAGGGUUUCCUGGCCGCACGGCUCGUCGUCGGCCCGCAGAUUGAAUUUUCAUUGCGAGCCGCUAGCGUCGUCUGCUGCUGCCGCUGCUGGUGUCUGUCUCGUCUCGUCUCGACCGACUCUCUCCCUGCAACACCGACUGCAGCCCCCCUGCAGCACGCGAAUCGUUUCGAAUCGAAUCCAAUCGAACGGCGGACCGUGCCCAAAGCUCGAGAGUGGAGCCCAGACCCUCAGUCAGUGUGGAGCGACGCGUCUUCUUCAGUAGUGCACCGCCGCCGGCCGACGGCAGAGCAGAGCCAUCCAAAAACCACACAAAAGAAAACUAAACAGAAAACUAAACAAAAACAAACAAAAGAACACACUGCAUAAAAAUAAGAACAGACUGUACAUUUUUUUUUUUUUAUUUAAGCACGAAAAAUAUUGAAAACUCUCAACAAAGAGUCCUUUAGUGAUCGAACCCAAGCGCGAGUGUCCCCCCACACACACACACACACACACACACGAGCCCCAAGUAAUUUUUGUGUAAAGAAAAAGUGUAGAUCCCACCCAAUGGCCCAUGAGUUUUGAUCGUCCUGAGAGCCAUAAUGGUACUGGAGCAACGACAGAAUCAAUCUUCACCCACAGCCACCCACACCGCAGCGGACACCAAAAAGUACUCCAUCAUCAACAACAACAACAAUAACAACAGCAACCACAGCAAUAGCAACAGCAACAACAUCAAUCACAAUAAUAACAGCAGCAGCCAGGAGGAGGAGGACGAGCCGGAAGUAGUGGCACCAUCGUCCCGCCAAAGGACAACAUCGAAUCCGUAUCCACAGCCGUAUCCCAAUCAGAAUCCCCACACGGGACAUCAUCAUCUGCCAUCAGCCACGUCGCCGCAACAGCAACAGCAACAGCAGCUGCAGCAGCAACGGUUGAGCGGCAGCAGUCCACCCACAACCCAUUCCCACACCCACUCCCACUCCCACUCCCAUCCCAGGCCCAGUGUCAGCAUGCCAUCGGAGGGACUGCAUCCGACGGCCGCCCUCCAGCUGUAUGCCGCUGCCGCCCAACUAGCGCCCGGCGGCGUUCGAGUGCCGCCCUGGGGACCCUUCCUGCAGUUCGGAGUGCCCGGCGUCUUUGGGCCAAAUGGACCGUUCCUUGGACGGCCGCGUUUCGAUGCGGCCGGCGGUGGACAUCCCACUUCAGCGGCAGCUGCCGCCGCGGCCACACAAAUGGCGGCGGUAAACGCCAGCAAUGCCUUCGCCAAUCUCACCGGACUGAGUGCGGCGGCGCUAAGGAAUGUGAGUGCCGCCCAGACGACGGCAGUGGCCGCUGUGGCCAGCACUGUGGCGACCAUCCAGCAUCGCUUGAUGAUCGGCAAUCGACAGAGUCUGCCGCCUGCGGGGCCACCGAGCGAGGGAUCCAACGAGGAUGGCGGUUUUCCUGGUGACGGCGAUGAUGAUAGCAGCGCCGCGAAGCGACGUCGAUCCCGCACAAAUUUCAAUUCGUGGCAGCUGGAGGAACUGGAGCGGGCCUUCUCCGCCAGCCACUACCCGGAUAUAUUUAUGCGCGAGGCAUUGGCCAUGCGGCUGGACCUCAAGGAGUCGCGAGUUGCGGUAUGGUUCCAGAAUCGACGGGCCAAGGUGCGUAAGCGCGAGCAUACCAAAAAGGGUCCCGGCCGACCCGCCCACAAUGCCCAGCCGCAGACUUGCAGCGGCGAGCCGAUACCGCCCAACGAGCUCAAGGCCAAGGAGCGUGCCAGGCGCCGCAAGAAGCUGGCCAAAGCCAUCGAUAGGCAGGCGAGGAAGCUGCAGGCCAAGGGCAUCACCGUCGACCUGGAGGCCCUCAAGGCCGAGUACAUAUCACAGCACAAGGCGAACGGCACCUUCUCGGACUCGGAUCUCGAGGACGACGGCAUCCAGAUCGAUGUCGUCGGCGGAACCGACAGCGACGACGAGCUGGACAGCGAUGCCGUCAGCCCGGCCCGCCACGGGCCACAGCAUGGCGGCCAGAGCCACUGCGGCCUGGACGGCGACGGUGACAGCUCGCGGGCGGGCAGCUUCAUUGGCGGCGGCGGCAGCUUGGGCAGCCCCAGCUCCGUGGCACCCUCCACGCUGCUCUCGAACGGCGGCGGUGUCUUCGGCAAGAUGGAGCCGAUGGACGGCGGCGAGUCAGAGGAUCGGGACAGGGAACAGGAGUCGCGAGCAUCGCCCAAAUCGCUGCUCUUUCCCGCCAAGGCCUUCCAUCAACUCAACCUGCAAAACUCCCAGCACCACGGUGGCCACGGGCACGGGCACGGCCAUGGGCAUGGGCACAACCACAGUGCGGCGGCCACCGCCGCCUCGGCCACGGCGGCUGCGGUGGCAGCGGCGGCCAAUCUCGUCCACCAGACCUCGCCCAUCAGCAUGCGGCGCAGCAAUCCCUUCAGCAUCGAGUCGUUGCUCUUCAACAACACGUGAGGCAACCAGGCAGCAUCCGAGCAGGAGGUGCAGCUGAUGCUGGAGUUGGGUUUGGAGUUGGAUCGAACCGCAUUUGCUUCCCCAUUGAUUUAUGCGUUCCUAGAGGUUUUUGCUCAGUUUUACACAUGUCCAUCUGUCUAUAAGUUCAACUCUCUCUUACUCUCUCUCUCUCUCUUUUAUGGGUUCCACUAGCACUUCCAUAACAAAUAUUCUGUACAAAAAACAAGACAAAUGCCCAACCAAAAGUUUUCCUAAUUAAAAACAAAUUUUUGCAUUCAGAAUCACUCCAUGCCAAUGCCCUACGUGUGUAUCCAUUCGCUUAUGGGACAUUUAAACUGCUAUCGAACCCUUCCCUAGUGGCACCCAGCUAAAAGUUUCCCCCUUCCUUUUGACUUCUCUUCGGUUCAGAGCUUGAAUAUUUCUAAGUGAAUUUAUUUAUUCGACUUUAUAAUAUAAACAUUUUUUUUUUUCUUUUUGCGUGUAUUGUAAUUUAAAACCCCCCUGUUCCAAGAGAGACUAAAUUAGUGUUGUAAAUGAAUUUAUUAUUUUUACAUUACAUAUAAAACUUAUACUAUUUUUUUUUUGAAGCAAUGCUUGAACUAUGAAUAAUAUUUUUAUGUAAUAAAAAGAAAACGAUAUCAGCUAAGGACAAAUUUUUUUCCCAGUGUAGGUAUGAAUGAGUGUGCGUGCGUGUGUGUAAAAAUGUAAUUUAAUUUAGCUCAAGCGAAACAAAAACAAAAGAAAAAAAAAAAAAAGAAUCGGAUUGAAACCCAAAACUUAAUUAAGAGGAAGUUUUUUUUUUUUUUUGAAUAAAUAUAUAAAGAGGAUGCUAAAGAGGAGAAAUAGUACAUUAAAAAGUAUAUUAAAACUAUGAGAAUUUGAGA